AUACUUGUACGUCAUUUGUUUCGUCUCCUCUACCACGUUCUCUUUACGCAACGCGCUCACACCUUCUUCACUCUCAUCAACAUGUCUUUUUCUCUUCCUUGAAAUUUUUCCAUUUUCCAUACACAUUUUAAUCAACAGAAAUCUCAUUUUGAGUUGACAAAUUAAGAUGCAGUGACAAACACUUUGUGAGUGAGUGGGAGACACACACACACAGAAAGAGAGGUGUCUGUCAGUGACUCCCCUUUGUGCUUGAUUCCUCAUCUGGAAUAGGGUAGAGAUUUUGAUAGUGAUUUAAUAGUUAAUAAGAAUGUUGGGUCGGUCUGCAUUUUCCAGAGCUGGAAGUUUCAGGCCAGAAAAUUUAGGCCAGAAUACCAUGGCCAUGAUUGGGAAUGUUUGCUUUUCUGUGUUUGUUGUUGGGGUUUUGGUUUUUACCAUUAUGGCUGCUACUUAUGAACCUGAGGAUCCUUUGUUUAACCCUUCAACCAAGAUAUCUACAUUCCUCACUUCCAAAUCCAAUGCCACUUUCAAGUCUGAUGACAGUGUUGUUAGGACUGGUGAGGAUUUCAUGGCUGCCAAUGAGACUGCUUUUGGCACCAUCAUUAACAUGGCUGAUGUUGAUAACUCGGCUAGCGCUUCAACCGCCGAGGCUGAGGCUGAGGGGUCUCAGUGUGAGGGAAGUUCGGGCCCUAUUGAUUGUAGGGACCCUGAGGUGUUUCAUUUGAUGAUGAGGGCCACUAUUGAGAAGUUUCAGGAUAUCCAUUUUUACCGAUUCGGGAAACCUACUCCCGGGUCCAAUGACAGUACUUGCGAUAUGGCAUGGCGGUUUCGGCCCAAGGAAGGGAAGGCUGCUGCUUUUUAUAAGGAUUAUAGAAGGUUUGUGAUUGAGAAGUCUGAGAAUUGUACACUUAGUGUCGUUAGCAUUGGGGAAUACCAUAGUGGUCCCAAUGCAAGGAAGAGGAAGAAGAAUCAGAAAGCCGGGUUAGAGAAGUCAACACAAAAGCUGGACGAGGCGAACGCGUUGCCUGUUGUUGGAGAGUUUGUUAAUGACAGCCUCCCUGUAUUCAGUGAAAGUUCGUUUGGUCAGGGUAAAUACUUGGUUUAUCAUGGUGGUGGAGACAGGUGUAAGAGCAUGAAUCAUUUCUUGUGGAGUUUCUUGUGUGCUCUAGGGGAAGCUCAGUACCUAAACCGAACAUUGGUUAUGGAUUUGAGCAUAUGUCUGUCUUCGAUCUACACUUCAUCGAAGCAGGAUGAGGAAGGCAAAGAUUUCAGGUUUUACUUUGAUUUCGAGCAUUUAAAGGAAGCCGCGUCUGUGCUGGACAAGGAACAGUUUUGGGCAGAUUGGAAUAAGUGGCAACAAAAAGAUGGGAUGACUCAACAUCUUGUGGAGGAUUUCAGGGUCACACCCAUGAAGCUCAUGGAUGUGAAGGAUGCUUUGAUCAUGAGAAAGUUUGGUUCGGUCGAGCCAGAUAACUACUGGUAUAGAGUCUGUGAAGGGGAGACAGAAUCUGUUGUUCAAAGGCCAUGGCACUUGCUAUGGAAAUCGAGGCGCUUGAUGGAUAUCGUGUCUGCCAUAGCUUCAAGGUUAAACUGGGACUAUGAUUCAGUUCAUGUUGAGAGAGGAGAAAAGGCGAGGAACAGGGAGCUUUGGCCUAAUCUCGAUGCUGAUACCUCUUCUGAUGCACUUCUCUCGACCUUGCGGGACAAGGUUGAUGAAGGGAGAAACCUCUACAUAGCAACAAAUGAGCCUGACACAUCUUUCUUCGAUCCUCUGAAAGAUAAGUACACCACUCAUUUUCUCGACGAGUACAAGGAUCUUUGGGAGGAAAAUAGCGAAUGGUACUCUGAGACGACAAAGCUCAAUAACGGUGUUCCAGUUGAAUUUGAUGGUUACAUGAGAGUGUCCAUUGAUACAGAAGUGUUCUUGAGAGGUAAGAAGCAGCUUGAAACUUUCAAUGAUUUAACCAGUGAUUGCAAGGACGGUAUUAAUACAUGUAAUGCUGCAGCAAACUAAAUUUCUGUGAGAUUUGAAAUUCCAAUGUUUGAUACGUUGAAACAUACUCAUGUGUACUUUUAGCUAUUCUGUGUUGCAUUUGAGUAUUUGUAACCUUUAGUAGUAGCAAUGAGGAGUAAUCGAUUUGUAUUGUAAGAGUAGAAGUUUUGAAGUUCUUAGUUAAUUUGUUUGUUGAAACAAAACUGCUUUUGUUGACCUUAUUUAUAGUGUUUUCCUAAUUUUCUAGAAAUUCAAUGAGAUGGUAAUUGCAAUUUUAA